AUGUCCAAGAUGGCGGAAGCAAAGUUUCAGUCACAAGCUACCUUCUCUGGGUCCAUGAACCAAGGCCUCCAGAUGGGUCAAAAUAUGGGCACUAUGAAUACUACCUUUGCCAUUUCCGAGGGUGCCACUGUUUACAUGGGUGGAUCAUCGGCUGUAAACGCUGAGGAUACGUUCCUUGAUGCUCUGAUUGCGGGUGAUGCCAGUAUUGGUGUCCAAAUUGAGCCCCCAGAGCCUGGAACCUGUUUGUGGAUACUUCCUGAGCUUCGCACCUGGCAAGCGGGGGCACCCAACCAUCCCCUGUGGAUCAGUGGAAGCCCUGGUUGUGGCAAGAGUGUCAUUUCUUCUUUUAUCCUUAGGGAGAGGCAGAGCUGGGCCCCCCCCAAGGAAGGGAAGGAUGGGAAACUCAUUGUCGCAGGCAGUUUCUGCGAUAGACACCCCAACCGGCAGACGCCGAUCUGGAUCAUGAGGACCCUCUUGUACGAGAUCUUCAGGCUGAACCGCGAUCUGAUCGACACCAAAGACCCCGAGUUUUGGCAGGAAUCCGGGAAUCCAGAGCAUCCAAUUCUCAAUCCCGACGCGUUCGAGUCGAUGGAGUCCCUCGCGAAACUGUUAGGGAGGAUUACGGCACAUGUAGAUGUCAGCGAGGUAUACUUGCUUGUGGAUGGCCAGUAUCAACAAACACAGGAUGCUCUUGGUUUGUGCGACAUGGUCAACCAGGUCUCAAAUUAUGGAAGCGGCGGCGUUUCCCAACCUCGGUGGAUAUUCUGCACACGACCCAACGGCUUGGACCGGCUGAUGCAGAAUGUACAAACGAUUGAUCUGUUCGAGAAAAAUAGAGAGGAUAUUAGGAUUGUGACUCGGUCCCGUGUGAAGCAUUUCCAGAUGCUCAAUCCUGGGUUGACCGAAUCCUUCUUUGACGAAGUGGUGGAGAUCCUGACGCGGCGCGCUGAGGGCAUGUUUUUGUGGCUCUCACUGGCUUUAAAAUCCUUAGGUGACGGCAUGAUAUGGGAAAUCAAUUUGGUCAAAGAGAAGCUUCAGAGUAUGCCCUAUGACGUCCAGGCCAUUUAUGGGACGAUUUUCGAAAGCAUAGAUAAAAAGAUGCAGACUCUGCUCAGAUGGGCGUACGUGGCAGGUCGCCCGUUGAAAGUGAACGAGAUCCUGGUGAUGUGGGCGCUACAGGAUGGGGCUAAAUCCAUCGAGGAGAUCAAACAACGGUCUCUACGCCCGGAGAUCGUUCGCAGCUCACUUGAGAGCGGCUUGAAGGCGCUUCUCGCUCUUCAUCAUGAUAGCUCGAUUCAUCUGGCCCAUCCGUCCGUCAAGGACUUCAUUCGUCAAUUAUAUAAUAAUUCAAGCGAAAGGCAGGUGCAGGAGCGAAUCAGUAUAUGUGAAACGCAUAAACAAAUGGCCGAGUCGUGUCUGGCCUACUUGAGCCUGGAGGAAAUCCGAGAGCUGGAAGCCCCCGAGCCUCCAGUCGAUGCGAAUGGCAUGAUCGACAGGGAGAAGCGCGAGAAGGAAAUAGAACGAUAUUUAGGGAACUACCAUUUCCUCGAAUACUCGAUCACGUUUCUCGGCUUUCAUCUUCGAGAAAGCGAAAACACAGGAGUGCACGUCGAUAUUCAUGGGAGGGACGAGUUUUUCGGUGGGAAGACUAAUGCAUUGCAGCAUUGGGUACGAGGAUAUGAUUUACUGCUGACUUAUCUCCCUGACAAAUUACUAUCAGACACCGGUGGCACAAGCAGUCUCAGUCUUCUUUUUAUUUCCGCUCGACUGAAUCUCACCUCACUGGCUGAACAUUUUAUUUCAACCGGAAGCGCCCUGACAUCUCUCGUCAAUCUUCCAGGAAUGCAAAUGCUGGCUGGGGGGGCUUCAUCCUUCGCUAUGGUCCGCCAACAGGUCAUCAACCUUCCCGAUAUGAAAGGGUGGCGCGCUCUACAUGUCGCUGCGGACUCCGAAGCUGAGAAUGUAGUGGCGUGGCUUCUUGAAAAUGGCGCUGCCGUAGACUCAGAAACAGUGGGAAUCAUUCGUCCCGGACGCACUGCUUUACAUUUUGCCGCCUCAAAAUCUAGCGAUACGGCCGUCCGCAUCGUUCGAGAACUGCUGAAGAUGGGAGCAAACCCAGGGAUUCCCACGAGAUUUGGAGGAAACACUCCGCUACACUACGCGGUCCAAAGUGGUUCGGUGGAGAUAAUGACCAGUUUGUUGCACCACAAAUCCAAAUACAAGCCUGUGGAUCCGAAUAUUCCCAAUUACUCCGGUGUAACUGCUCUCCACAAGGCGGCUGCCGUCCCAGGUUUGGAAGACGCUGUGGAUGUGCUGUUGCAAAACGGGGCCAAUCCUGAACAGGCAUCGUCAUUGGACAAAGUGGCCGUAGCACGAGGAGUAAAAGAUGUCAAGGUUGCGUCCACGCUGAAGGCAGUAGCAAGCAUGAAAACUGCAGCCUUAUGGAAGUCAGCGACCGAUACGCUCCGUGGAGUUGCUACCAAUCAAACUGCCCUACACAUAGCUGUGAGGUCAAAGGGAACAGAGGAGACGGUCAAAAAGAUACUAGAACGGUACAUAACUAACAAGAAGAUGGUAGAGAGUAGGGAUUCCAACGGAUAUACACCGCUGCACGCGGCUGUGGAUGGCAUCGGCAGCUUCACAUAUAUAAAGCUACUCCUCGAGUCCAAAAAGGUGGAUGUAAACUCGCAGGACAAUGACGGAAGGACACCCCUGAUGCUCUAUAUACAAAGGUUGGGACAACCGCAGCAAUUGCCCAGCCUCGGUGACCCUGCCACUUUAAGGGAAACACUGGAUGACCUGUUAGUUGCAGGCUCAGCUCUCGACAUUAAAGAUAAAGAUGGAAAAUCUGCCAUCGACCAUGCAAGCCAGGCCGGACUAGCAUGGGCUGUUGAUAAAUUGAAUGCAACUCUCCCAGCUUCCAAUCGACCGAAGGGUGACCUGAGCCCAGGUUUGCCACCCCAAACUCAGUCAUCUCAGGGUGUUACGGGUAAGGUAACUAGUCUGGCUGGAAAACGGUUGAAUAUGUUCUCAAAGAAGUCAUAA